CUCCAUAAAAUGAAAACGGGCUGGAGAAAUGCAACUCUCUCUCUAUUUAUUAAUUUCAAUAAUUAUUCUAACAUCCUAGGGAAAAAAAAAAAGGAAAAUGAGAAGCGACUCCACUGGGGAUCGAACCCAGAAUCUCUGGUUCCGUAGACCAGCGCCUUAUCCAUUGGGCCAUGGAGUCAUUGUUGCAGUAACAACGCAAAUGUCAAUUAAUCCUACAAUUAUUCCGCAGGAACAUUUGCGUUGCUCUGCAGUUUCCGAACCUGCCUUCAUUAAAUUUAUGAAACAGUAUCGAUCAUAUUUCUGCUUUGAUAUAUAUAUAUGUGUGUGUGUGUGUGUGUGUGUAUGUAUACAUGUAUGGUGGCAACACAAAUGUCCAGUCAAUGGGGACAAUUAUUCCGCAGGAACAUUUACGUUGCCCUGCAGUUUCUAACCUGCCUUCAUUAAAUUUAUGAAACGGUAUCAAUCAUAUAUCUGCUUUGAUAUAUAUAUAUAUAUAUAUAUAUAUAUAUCUAUUUGUGGAGCUGCAGGUGGAGACAGAGAGAAGUGGGAGAGUUCAGAAUUGAGAAACAAUGGCGACGCUGAUUGCUCCAAGGGACUUCUCACCCAUUGAAGAUGCAGAGAACCUCAAGAAGGCUUGUCAAGGGUGGGGAACUGAUGAGAGCGCCGUGAUAUCAAUCUUGGGACACCGCAACUUGUUCCAGAGACGGCUCAUCAGGUCGGCUUAUGAGGAGAUAUACCACGAAGACCUCAUCGCGCAGCUCCAGUCCGAGCUUACAGGUCACUUCGAGAAAGCAGUGUGCCACUGGAUCUUGGACCCUGCAGAUCGUGAUGCUCUCCUACUUAAUUCUGAGCUGAGGAAGCUCGCUCCCAAUCAUCGUGUCAUAGUUGAGAUCGCCUGCAUUAGAUCCCCUGAAGAUCUCCUCGGGGUAAGGAGGGCUUACAGGUUCCGGUACAAACAAUCGCUCGAAGAAGACAUUGCUUGUCACACCACCGACACUCUUCGGAAAAUUCUGGUUGCACUGGUGAGUGCUUAUAGGUAUGAUGGAGAUGAGAUCAACGAGGAAAUGGCGGAAUCAGAAGCGAGAAUCCUCCAUGACGAGAUCCAUGGAAAUAAUCCUGUUCAUGAAGAGACUAUCCGAAUACUCAGUACGAGGAGUAAGGCUCAGCUCAAUGCCACUUUCAAUCACUACAAGGACAUUUACAAGACUUCCAUCACCAAGGGAUUGACAGGAGAUUCCGAGUAUCUACCAAUGCUAAGAACUGCCAUUCGGUGCAUCAACGACCCAAAGAAGUAUCUCGCCAAGGUGCUUUGGAGCGUGAUAAAUACAGUGGGAACCGAUCAAGAGGCCCUGAGCAGGGUGAUCAUCGACAGCGCGGAGAAGGACCUGAAAGGCAUCAAGGAAGUUUUCUUGCGGAGGAACAAUGUGCCCUUAGAAGAAGCAGUUGCCAGGGACACGACAGGAGAUUACAAGAACUUCCUCCUUGCUCUGUUGGGCAGUGAAGAGGCCAGCUAGGUAGUAAUCAGAUGUGAUUCGAGUUAAUUAGAGAGAGUUCCUAACUAUUUGUUUCAGUUCUUCUCUUCUUUAUUUUUAUUUUUUCCUCGAUGAGACAUGAGGUGUCAGAUCAUAUUGGCUAGACCAAUCCAUGUUUAGGCAUCGGCUCGAUUCGAUAAUUAGAGUUUUCUUAGGCGCGAUGCGAAGAGUCGUGUUUCAUGUUAUUGACUAUGGCUUAAUUGCAAUAAAAGUAAAACUAGAUGAGUUCUCCCUUUUCGAAA